AUGGCACUUGAUAUCAUUGAAUGGGAUGAAGAAGCUGCAGUCGGAGGUAUCCCUAAUGACUCCUUCAAAGACGGCAAAGAAGUUUUUGAGACGAGCGAUAUUGAGGAAACCGAAAGUGAAACUAGCGUCCCUGCGUUGAUGAAUGACGAUAUAAACGCAAUUAAGGAUGACUACGACAGAUCGCGUGAGUUAUUCGAAAACCAGGUACUGGAAAACAUUGGUAGUGAUUUCUCCGGCAGGACAGAUAGACUCCAAAGCGCUCAUAUGGUGAGCGGUUCAUGCCUCGAGACAAGAGCACAAAAAUUAGCGCGUAUUAGACGCGAACUUCAAGAGAUUGAGCUUUCAGAAGAGUCUGGCGAAGCAAACAGUACUGAGUUAGUAUCACUGAGGCAGCUGUUAGAUCAGUUGGAUUCGAAAGCCAAAUCUGAGUCUCAAAAUAUCAAGCAAUUAUUGUGUGAAUCAGACAAAGUGCGAGAGCAGGUUGAGCUACCCAAAAUAAACUUAGAACUUGGUUUAGCACGUCGCUUAGCUGAACUUGAAAAUAAAGUUUCAAAGCUUGAGUCUGUUCUUGGUUUAAGCGGCUACUCUAGCCAGAAGACGAUCACGACGACUAUGGACGAGUUAUACAGGCAAAUAAAGCUACUAAGAAACAACGAUAAGCUGUUAAACGAAUUUCGCUCUAAGCUUGAAUCCAUCAGUGCCAAUUAUGAGAAAACUCUCAUUGCUAGGAAGGCAUCGCGAAAUUCUUCGUUACAAAAGCAGAUCAGCUCAGAUCUAAUAUCUUCCGAGACAAAGGUCAGCGAGCUCUACGAAUCCUUCUCAAUAUUGAGAAGAUAUAAGGAUGUGGUCCCACACAUAACAACACGAAUGAAGACUUUAAACAGUCUGCAUAUGGAAAUAGGAGAUUGCGUCAGUACCGUCAAGACAGUGGAUAGCUCUGUUAAAUGGAUGACGGAUCAAAACGAAAAAUGGCAGAAAAUGCUAAUUGACAUGGACGAAAAACUCGAGUCAGUCGAAAAGAAGGCCGAAGCAAACAAACAAGAGGUUACAAAGUGGCUUACAAACGUUGAAAGUCGGCUUCAAGAAAUGUCGUGA